AUGGCGGUAGCCAGCUUGGGCCUAAGCUGUCCCAAAGGCGGCGACUUCUACAUCUGCGAAGGAAGCAAGGUCGAAUUCCUGGGCUGCUGCGCGACGAACCCCUGCGCCGACGGCAGCGGAAAGUGUCCAACAAAGGACAGGAGGAUAUCAUCCUUCAACCCGGACCGCUACGCCAACAUACCAGCCCAGGGCUGCGACGAUGCCAGACCGCCGAGCGAGAUCUUCUGGACGUGCACCAACGAUAUCUCCUUCAUCGGAUGCUGCGCGACAAACCCGUGCCAGGAGCCCGAUGGAUUAUGUCCGCAGACGAAUCUUAUAUCGGCGACGCUGAGCUCGAAUGCGAGUUCGAGGGCCGUGUUCCUACCGGAUGAGUCCGUGACACCCACACCGUCGGCAUCAGCAUCGUCUACGGCAACACCGGCUCCGAGUGGGUCGCCGUCCGGAGGUAGUGGAGGUCUAGGGACGGGAGCCAUCGUCGGAAUCGCGAUUGGCGCCGCGGUAGCCGUUGGUAUUAUUGUUGCUAUUAUCUGGAGAUGCGGAUGGCACGCCAGAAAGCGCAACGAAAGACUUGAGCCGCCGGCGUGGGAGCCGUCCGCCGCCCAGAGCCCUCAUCCCAGCCAACACCCUGAGAUGGGAUAUGUACCACACAGCCCUAGCCCCUAUGAUCCGGCACAUGCGUCGUACGCGACAACAGCCGUCCCCGAGUCUUAUGCCUCUUCAUCACCUCCACCGCACUCACCAUACUACUCCAUGAAACAUCCCAGCUCACCCAUGAGCAUGGACCCGCGCCAUAUGUCGACUUACUCGGAUAGCAAUGUGAGCUCUUUAAGCAGCCACCCUGCAGGCCCGCGGCAUCUUCCAUCCUACUCUGCUCUGAGGAGCGAUUUGCACCCAGUCAGCGAGCUAGAUAGCACAGAGCGGGAGGUGCCGAGGGCAGAGCUGGGAGAUGGGACCCCGACGAUGACAAAUUGA